GCCACAACUCCCACCCCCGCACGUAAUCUAAUAUCGCCCCGGCCGGCGCGGUUGCACGCACUGCCUUAUAUAAACAGACCCCACGCCCCACGAAUACAAGGAGACAGCAGCUGCCGCAGAUCGAUCUCAACUCUCCAAGAGUUCAGAGUUCAGACCGCGGAGCUCAGAGAGAGACAGAGUUUGUAAGAGGGAUCUUUCUUCUUCUUCUGAAGGAGUAAUUGAUUCGUGGCUUGUGGUGGAGCGAGGAUGUCAUCUUCUGCUUCUACUACUGGUGGUGGUGUGGCCAGGACGGUUGCGCCAUGGAUCCUGGCUUGCAGCUUCUUGCUCUGCUCAUCGCCCUUCUUGUUCCAGGGAGCUGAAGGCGCCAUCGGCGUGAACUACGGCAUGAUCGCCAACAACCUCCCGUCGCCGGACAAGGUGAUCGCCAUGUACAAAGCCAACAAGAUCAGCUACGUGCGCCUCUUCCACCCGGACACCACCGUCCUGACCGCGCUCCGGGGCACGGGCAUCGGCGUCGUCCUCGGCACGCUGAACGAGGACCUGGCCCGGCUGGCCACGGACGCCUCCUUCGCGGCCACCUGGGUGGCCACCUACGUGAAGCCCUUCGCCGGCUCCGUGACCUUUCGCUACAUCACGGCGGGCAACGAGGUCAUCCCCGGCGACCUGGGCGCCCGGGUGCUCCCGGCCAUCAAGAACCUCGAGGCCGCGCUCAAGGCCGCCGGCGUGACCGGCGUGCCCGUGACCACGGCCGUGGCCACGUCCAUGCUGGGCGUGUCCUACCCGCCGUCCCAGGGCGCCUUCUCCGAGGCCUCGGCGCCCGUCAUGGUGCCGAUCGUGGCGUACCUGUCGGCGAAGAAGGCGCCGCUGCUCGUCAACGUGUACCCUUACUUCGCCUACAACGCCGACCCGGAGCGCGUGCAGCUCGGCUACGCGCUGCUCUCCUCCUCCGACAAUGCCGCCGCUGCGGUGGCGGCGGUGACGGACGGCGGGCUUGUGUAUGACAACAUGUUCGACGCGAUCCUGGAUGCGGUGCACGCGGCGGUGGAGAAGGCAGGCGGUGGGGGAGAAGGGCUGGAGCUGGUGGUGUCGGAGACCGGGUGGCCGUCGGGCGGGGGCGCCACGGGCGCCACCGUGGAGAACGCGGCGGCGUACAACAACAAUGUUGUGCGGCACGUGGUUGCUGGAGAGGGCACGCCGAGGAAGCCCGGGAAGGCCGUGGAGACGUACCUGUUCGCCAUGUUCAACGAGAACCAGAAGCCCGAGGGCACCGAGCAGCACUUUGGGCUCUUCCAGCCCGACAUGAGCGAGGUCUACCACGUCAACUUCGCUGGGUCAUCCUGAUGAGAUGGAGAAGAUCGAGAAGACGCAUGUAUGCAGCUAGCUCAGACGAUCGAGAUUUAGUUUUAUUUACCACAGGUUAUUUAUCCGUUUCCUCCGGUUGCUUUUAGUUUACAGGUUUAUCAUCGUUACAGCUUUGUAUAUGUGUAGUUCAUGACUGAAAAUUGAUUCGAGUAUACACGGCAUAUAGUGGAUGGUAGUUCAUGAUUGCUCGCCUUCACUCAUGAUUGUUA